CUUUGCGACGCUUAUCGGCAAAUUUGAUUGACUCCUAAUCUUGAUCUGAUCAAUGACACAACGCAACAUGUGGUAUCCGUUUUUGUGACGAAACAGCUUGAACCAGCUUUACGUAUGCCAUGACAAGUCAGACAGCACUUGACGCGACUUCCUUGUAUGUAAUUUCUGACAUGGUGUUUUGUUAAUGAUCCGGGUAUCUAUCCUUCCGGGGUGCAGGUGGAUGGAUCGAGCACGUUGGAAGAGCCAUGUCGCUCGUGGCGCAGAUGACUCUUCCGUCGAUCGCCUUGGAUUCCCUGGGAUGUGCCUCGCAGACGGGCCUGCUGGUGUGCGCGCUGCCGAAAAGGCCAACGGCUAUCCUGCUGGAAUACACAUCGGAUCCAGGCAAGUGACUAGUCUGCUUUACUGAUGGCAGAAUUGCUAACACUUGCCUUGGCUGGAAUCGUAACCUCACUUACGCCCGUGCUCGUGCUAUGGCUGGGAAGGUCCAUCGCAAAGGUACCACAGUAGCCCUCGCUCCAGCCGGCGUUGGCCCUCUUGGUCGGGUCGCUCAAGGUGGACGCAAACGGGAAGGUUUCGGUAACGAUCCUUAU